AUGUGAUCAGCUGUGUCCAAUCACAGCUGAUCACAUGGCACUGAUGAUCAAUGUAGCCCCAGCAGUGCCACCUGCCAGUGCUCAUCAAUGCCACAUAUCAGUGCCCAUUUGAGCUGCCUUUCAGUGUCACCUAUCAGUGCCAGUCAGUGCCACCUAUCACUGCUGCCAGUCAGUGCCGCCCAACAGUGCCAGUCAGUGCCGCCCAACAGUGCCAGUCAGUGCCGCCCAACAGUGCCUGUCAGUGCCGCCCAACAGUGCCUGUCAGUGCCACCCAACAGUGCCUGUCAGUGCCACCCAACAGUGCCUGUCAGUGCCACC